AUGGGUCCCACACUGCUCGAUAUGCUCGGACUCGUCGGUGCACUGUUGGUCUCUUCGGCUUUCGCCCUACCUCCACACCGCGGCCUGGAGAUACCAGUCAAACGCAAGCUCACGCAGGAUGGUUUGCUCAACGAAAGGCUACGCAAGCGUACCAAUGUGGCCGUUGAUACAUGGGAGAUCAACGGGUUCUACCUGGACCUGACCAUCGGGGCGACAAAGUACACCAACUUGUUGAUCGACACUGGCUCAGCCGUGACCUUCGUCUCGCCUUACACCGGCUCGUCCACCGCGACCAAUACGGGUGUAACCUUCAAAGAGACGUUUGCAGAUGGCAGCGUCGCGACAGGUACGAUUUGGGAGGAUCAAGUCGAGUUUGGCGGUAUCAAGUCAAAGCUCGCUUUCGGUGGCUAUCCCAGCAAGACAAGAACUGCGCCAAUUCCGAACGACAAGAAUGGCAUUUUCUCCAUGGGCACUGAGCAAGAUCUCUCGACUGUCUUGAUUAAUGCCGGCACACAGCACAUCGGUACCAUACCCGCCCAGCUUGCAGUGCAGAAGAUCAUUCCAGCUAAUCUGAUCCAGCUCAAGUUCAUACCCGAUGGCUUUAUCGGCGAGUCAACCGAUGGUGGUGCAAUGAGCCUGGGCGCUAUCGAUACUACUUUCCUCACCUCGCCCAUCACGUAUACGCCCCGACUGCCCGGCUUGAAGGGUCUAGAUGGGAAGAUCAUCGAGUAUUGGGCCGCUUCGGUUGAGCUUCCUUCGCUCGGGCUGCUCAAGACCAACGCCAACAAAGCAUUCACUUUGAUCGAUUCAGGUACAACGUAUACCCAAAUAUUCGAAACGCCUUUCAAGACCUGGUUGGCCAAGAUCCCGGGAGCAUUCUACAACGCUACAGCCGGCGCAACGCAGAUUCCAAAGACGUCACUUGCAAAGAUUCCGGCUCUCGAUUGGACCAUAGAAGGCAAGACAUUCACUGUCUCUGGUCAAGCGCUCCUCGUCGGUGAUGCCGUCGUGUCUGGCUUCAAUCUUAACCCAGCGUACCUCUGGUCCUACGUGCAAUCGACGGGCUCGGAUGCGGGCAUGCAAAUUCUAGGCACAUACUCGCUGACGUACAUCAGCGUCAUUCUCGAUGCCAGCUCGGCCGUGCCUCGCCUUGGCUUCGCAAAGACGAAGUACUCGCCUGCUUAG